CGCUGGUACCCUGGUGUGUGAGCGCUGCUGCUGUGCGGAUGAUGAUUAAAAUGUCUAACGUCAGUCCACCACGCGUAACCAAGACCUGGAUCGCUCUGAGACGCCUUGACAAAAACGAUGACAGAGUGGUGGCUCUUCGAGAAGUGUCCAUUCCUGCAGCAGCUGAGGUCCCCAUGAUCAUACAGAUUAUCUCCACUACCUUUGGGCUGAACUCUUCUAAUGUCAUAUUCAAGAUAAGGAACCACUGUGGCUGUCUGAUCCCUCUGAACAGCUCAAUCCCUGCAAACAGCAAACACAUGCCUUAUCUACUUGAGGUAGCCAAGAUCUUUCAGCAUGUGCUUCCCAAACCCAGAACCAUUCCCAUGACUGUGAUCAAUAAGAGCAUGAAGACCAGGCUACAGACCAUUGACAGGAGGAUUCAGAGACUGGAGGAACUUCUGCCUCAGAUCAAACUCAGGCGCAACGAAAAACUAAGCCAGGACAUUGAAUGUCUCAACCAAAAGUUGAGGUUUCUUCAUAAGAGGAUGCAGGUGGCAGAAUCUCGCAGCUGGAAGGGAAUGCUGACCAGAGCCCCUCUGUGGUAAACAAGCACCCAUAUUUCUGGCUGGCUGGCUCAUAGAAGAUACCAUCUGUGGGACCUAGAAUCACACUCACCCCCCUUGGAACAAGCCGCAACUUAUCCCUGUACAUGCACACAUGACCAUGCGUCAUUGUUGGGCUCUGGUACUUAAAAAAAUUGCAUAAUACCCAUCCAAAAUUCCAAUUAGCUAACUUUAUGUUCUAAAAAUCUGAAAAUCAUCUGAAAAUCUGAAAACAUUUUGGGUUAUGUCACUGUUCAGAAAACUCUUAUAUCGUGAAGUAGUAAAGAGGAUUGGGUUAAUAAUGAUUCUUACGCAAACUCUUAAGUUAUCUUUAAACGCUGCACAUAUUGAGCCAAACUGACAGGUAAUUUUCAAACCAUUUUGUAGUUGAGAACGAGUGUGGUUCACACAGGUAGUGUGGCUGCUCUCUGUGAAUUGGGUUUAACUCGAACUCUUCAAUCUCAGCGCUAGAUGUCACUAAAAUCUACACACAGCACAACGUCAUAUUGGCCUGUUUUAUGAUCACUGCUAGUUAACAGGGUUGAGGUCACACUAGUUCGCAGUAAACACACUGGAGAAUUUAAGUGUUUCAUCAGAGUACUAACACUGUGUUUUAUCUAUUAUUUUGACCUCUGAUCUUCGUUUUUUACAUGUUUUACAUGAGCUGAAAAUGAAAACAUGGUACCUAAAUUUAAUAGCAGCUUUACUUUGAAAGUAGUGAUAUGUGAAAAUAUUAAACUUUUUCAUAAAAGCAUGAAACUCAGUACACACAGAGCCAUGUGUGUGUACGCCUAUGUUUUGAUGUUCAAUGAUACCAUAUACAAUAUCAUAAACUGCUCAGGUGAAUAGGUAAUGGUGAAUUUAGAGACAUACAAAGGAAAUCAAAUAUCUGAGAACCUAUAGGCUUGACAUUAUAAUACCAUGAGUGCUCAAUCCUUUUGUUCAUUAACAAAGCAAUAAAGUGACUGUAAAGAGUAGAAUAAUAUUCAAUAUGAUCUUAACAACUUAGCCUUAAAAGAAUAAGUCAAACACAAAGAUUUACUUAAAACAAUUAUUGUUUUGUUGUUGUUGUUGGACUUUUUUUCACUGUCUCCUGUGCAGUGACACAGAGUUGGUCACUUUAAGGAGCCUAUCUCCACCAGGCAUAAACCUAAAGGGGAUCAUGUAUUUGGUCACGUGUGUGUGUGUCUGUGCAACUGUCUGGGCUGAUCAGCCUAAUAUUUUUUUGUCUACAUUUAUGACAGUGUGCUCAAGGAUCUUUCGUAGUUGUGAUUCACAAUUAAGGUUGUUUUGUAAUUCACAACCUUUUUUUGACUGGUCUGUCUGGUUUUUUGACUGGUCAUCACUCCUCAAAGGAAUAUGUGCCAAGGGACCCAGGUGAUCCUAGUGAUCAGCUCAUGCUUUAAGCACAGUGGGGCCCAGGGACCAUCACUCAGUAGAAGCUGAGGGUCUUUAGUGGUCAGCUCACUCAGGGGCCCUCACACUGUAAGCAGUGUGGAGUCUAAUAUGAGUCCAGCUCAUAUUUUAAACUUCAUGGGUCCCACAUGCCAUAUAAU